AUGGGUCCCGUUGUUUCUAGCCGCAGUCUUGUGUACCCUUCCUUCCAUGCCCACUCCCAGUACCGGGUACCUUUCCUGUCAGGCUAUGUCCUAGGUACCCUUCUUUCCAGGGCCAUUCCCCAGUACCCUUUCUUCCAGGCCAAGUCCCAGGUACUCUUGUUACAAGGCCCAUUCCCAAGUACCAUUCCUUUCAAGCCCAGUCCAGGAUACCUUUCUUUCCAGGCCCAGUCCAGAGUACCCUUCCUUUCAGGCCUGGUCCUGGGUAACCUUGUUUCCAGGACCAGUAGGGGUCCCCUUGUUUCCAGGCCCAGUCCCUGGUACCCUUCCUUCCAGGCUAAGACCCAGGCUAAGACACCAGUACCCUUGUUUCCAGGCCGAGUCCCAGGUACCCUUGUUUCCAGGCCGAGUCCCGAGUACCCUUCUUUGCAGGCCCAGUCCCUAGUAGCCUUCUUUCAGGCCCACUCCUGGGGACAGUUUUUCUCAGGCCCAUUCCAGGCCCAGUCCCUGGUACCCACUGGUAUCCUUGUUUUCACAUCAAGUACCAGGUACCCUUGCUACAAGGCUCAUUCCCAGGCCCAGUCCCAGUUACCCUUCCUUUCAGCCCCAGUUCUGGGUACCCUUGUUUCCAGUCCCAUUCCUGGCUACCCUUGUUUCCAGGCCCAGUCACAAAUACCCUUCCUGUCAGGCCCAGUCCCGGGCCCAGUCCCGGCUACCCUUUUUUCCAGGCCCAGUCCCUGGUACACUUGGUUACAGGCCCACUCCCUGGCCCAGUUCCGAGUAGCCUUGUUUCCAAGCCAAGUCCCAGGUACUCUUGUUUCCAGGCCCAUGACCAGGUACCCUUGUUCCCUGGCCCAUUACCAGGCCCUGUCCCCGGUUCCCUUGCUUCCAGGCCAAGUCCCAGGACCUGUCCCGAGUACUAUUCCUUUCAGGCCCUGUCCUGGGUACCCUUGUUUCCAGGCCCAGUCCCCAGUUCCCUUGCUUCCAGACGCAGUCCUAGGCACCUUUCCUUUCAGACCCAGUCCAGGGUGCCCUGGCUUGAGGAAAUACCAGGCCAAAAUGGUGGAGGAGAAAUGUCAGCUGGACCACAAGAAGCAAGAAGUGCCCCCGGAGCCAGAAGCAAACUGCCCUUGUGGGGAGAACUUCUUUGAUAUUGAUGCCAUCUUAUCAAUGGACUCUGAGUAUUCAUCAGUUGCCCCCAUGGUACCCUGGAGUAGCCCAGAGCCUGGCUUGGUGAACCCAGCAUUUGAGGAGACAGAUGAAGAUUCCAUCCUGAGUCUUUCCACAUCUGACCUGACUCGCAGCAACAGUCUUGUGGCUGAAACCGUCAUCGUGGAAAUUUCCCGGGAUAACCCUGAGAAGGAGUUGGGGAUGAGGAUCGUCGGGGGCAAGGACACCCCACUGGGCAACAUUGUUGUGCAGGAGGUCCACCAGGACACCCCCUUGGGCAUGGAUGGCAAAGUGGCCCCUGGAGAUCAUGUGCUCGAGGUCAACGGGAUCAACAUCAGCAAUGUCACCCACUCUCAAGCAAUCUCCCUGCUCCGCCAGGCGGGGCCUGUGCUGCAGCUGGUGAUCUUGCAAGAGAAAGGCUUCCUGAACAAGCCACUCCAAGAUGACAGCCCAAUUCCCAGCAGGGCUGGGGAGAUAGUGCAUGUCACCCUGAUGAAGAAGGACCGGCUGCAGCCCCUGGGUAUCAAACUGAUUCGCAAGGCUGGCAAGGCUGGGAUCUUCAUCCUAGACCUGCUGGAUGGUGGCCUGGCAGCCAAGAAUGGAAAGCUGAGUCAAAAUGACAAAGUGCUCUCCAUCAACGGGCAGGACCUGAGACAGGGGACACCAGAGACAGCAGCCCAGAUCAUUCAGACCAGUGAGAGCAGAGUUCACUUCGUGGUCCUGAGGCCUCGAGACAGCCUGAUCAUGGAGAUGGAGACAGACUUGGGCAGCUCGAGGCCCAGCAGAAGUGGGGGCAGGACCAGUGAAAGCGAUAGCAGCAGUGGCACCAGCAACCACAUCAGCCUCAGCCAUGGGAACAGUCCUCCCCCAAUUUCAGUUCCUCAGUGGAAACCUGAGCUGGGGCACUACCCACGGCCCCUAGCUUUCUACAAGGAUCCCCCUGCUGGCUUCCUGAGCCAGGAGAAGACUCUCACCAUAAGGAAAGAUGUGAAAGAGUCCCUGGGCAUCACGAUUGGGGGCGGCCGGGAAGGCAAACACAGUGUGCCCAUCUAUGUGACCAGCGUGCAGCCUGUGGGCUGUCUUUGCCGGGAUAGCCGCAUUCAGAGAGGUAACAUUCUCCUAAGCAUCAAUGGCAUAGACUUGACUUCGCUCUCCUACCAAGAGGCAGUGGCAGUCCUCAAGUCCCAGGCAGCCUUGACCAUCAUCGUCCUGAAAGCCCUGGACAUCCUGAUGCCACCUGUGAGCCUGGAGCCUUGGGCAGGUGGCCAAGACUCACCCGCGGAGUACGGUCCUAGCUGGUCUCCCCUCUGGCUGUCGUGGCUGGGGCUCCCCAGUGCCCUCCAUUUGUGCCAAGAUGUUGUGUUGCAUAAGAACACUGAUGAGAGCUGGGGUUUCAGCAUCGUAGGGGGCUUCGAGGUGUCCAAAGGCAACCAGCCUUUCUUUAUCAAGACCAUCGUUCCUGGCACUCCAGCCUUCCGGGAUCGAAGACUAAAGUGUGGUGACGAGAUUGUGGCUGUCAACGGGACACCAGCUGCUGGCAUGAGCAAUGCCCAGCUGAUCCCCAUGCUAAAGGAACUACGGAACCGAGUAGCUCUGACUGUGGUGUCCUGGCCAGGAAGCCUGGUUUAGAGGCUCCAUCCAAGUCCCAGCUCCAUCACUCAGGACCAGCUGAGGAACAUGGACAUCAGAGAGGCCCCCAUUCCCUCAGGUAGCACUCCCACUCGAUCACGUGGACCCCACUGUUUGUGACCUCGCAAGAACUCUAAACAGGACAGUGCCAGUGCCAGUGCCAGUGCUCCACCCUACUCCAUCAGGGCCCCAAGCCCAGAGAGAGAGGACCAGUCAAAGCCCUCCUCACCACUUUCUCAGAAGACCAAGCCUGACGUCCAUCAGUCACCUUGAGCCAAUUUCUUUCGGUUCUCAGAGACUUUUGGGUGCUUAUUUGUUCUUUUCCACCUCCCAUCCCCGAGCACCUCCCUCACAGCAGCACCCACAACUGAUCAACUUUGGGGAGAGGGUUCCAUUCCCUCAGGUCAAGACUGGGCCAGCUUGUCCUCUGAAUGUGACUUGAUUUGAGGCUUGGAGAAAAGCUCUUUUUGACAAAGUUGAAGGGAAGGCUGCCCACAAGAGGGUCAGGGUGCAGACAGAAACCCCUUCUUCCUUCCCUCCCUCCCUCAUUCCCUCCCACCUGCCCUCCUCCUUUCCUUCCCUCACUCCUGCUCCCCC